GGUAACGCCAAGGUGGACUCCCUCACCUUUAAUGGCUCCACCCCUCUCCACAUCGCUGCAGGGCGGGGCUCCGUCAAACUGACAGCGCUCCUGAUGGCUGCAGGUGCAGACCCUCAGAAGGAGAACUUAGAGCCGCUCUUCUUCAGGGACGAUGACUCCUGUGAUGAAGAAAGGGAAGAAGAGGAUGAAGAUGAAGGCUACAUCCCAGGAACCACUCCGCUCAACAUGGCCUCCACCACUCAGGUGUUGGAGCUUCUGAACGGUAAAGAGUACGAACCAAAGUCUCCGCAUAGAUCCUUCAACCCUCCUCAAGGGGACCUGGUGAGCCUGGAUGUGGGGGUGAAGCAGCAGAUGUGUCACGCUCUGGAGAGUGAAGGAUGCUGGGAGAAUCUUGCUCACAGUCUGGGUCUCGGGAUCCUCAACACGGCCUUCAGACUCAGCCCCUCCCCCGCCAAAACACUGCUGGACAGCUACGAGGUGUCUGGUGGGACGGUCAGGGACCUGCUGGCUGGUCUGAGGUCAGUCGGAGAGUGCAGAGCGCUGAGCGUCCUGGAGGAGGCGCUGUGUCACCACGACGACGAGGAAACGCAGAUAACCGAUGAGACGAGAGGUGAGUCUCAGGUGGUUCAGGAUCUGAAGGUGGACGUUCGGAUCGACAGCGGGGUCUGUGACAGCGGCGUGGAGCUCUCCACAGCGUGACCCUCUCAUUGGUCAUUUUUCAUCCGAAAAAACACAAUCCAUCCAUCCACUGAUUGAUUCAUCGAUCUCUCCGGGCUGAGCUUAGAGGAAACAGCUUCUCAUCACAAACAUUUUGUUUUUAAUUAAAUCUGUUUUUGUUUUUUGUUUUUAGACAGACAGAAAACAUGUUUGUAAACUAAAUAACGAAAUAUUUGUUCUGAUGGUUUUCAGCCCACACUACACUCCAACAGCUCCGCCAAAGAAUGUAAAUCUGUUUCUGCAGAAUCUCUCAAAUGUCAGGUCAAAAAAAAAAAAGUAUUGAUUUAAUUGACUUAAUAAUGUUUGGAACCAUGUUUUGUCAGCUGCCGAGUGAACACGUGAAGUGGAUUUCUCAGCAUUGAAAACUUCAAGUUUGUUUUUCUGCAGCAGAGAUCGCAUCGUCUGUCUGCAGGGGGAAAGGUGCUAUUGAUACUGAAAUGAUUGUAAAGAAAUUUGCCCAAAACGAUCAAUUCAGAUUUUUUCAAAUCUGUUUAAAUACACCACUCAGAUGUUUUUGUGAAGAGUUGUUGGUGUUAAUCCACAGUCAUCUUUCUAGAAUUAAGACAAAGAUAAUCUGUAGAUUUUGCAACAUGCAGGAAUCUGUUGACGUCUGUUAAAUCAGAUCCAGAAGUCAAAUUUGAGUGAGUGUUCAUCAUAUAUGUAUUCAUGUGUACAUCAAAAGAUGCCAAAACACAGGACUUUACAGUUUUGGGAGGUUGAAGACUUCCCUCAAACAGCUGUUUAUUACUUAAUCAGUAAUAUAAUCUUAAAGUCUCACAGUCCAGCUUUAACACUUGAACACCUGAAGUAGACACCUUUCACAAGCAGUAAAACCUCUGAAACCUGAGAAAAUUGUUUUGAUUUUUUUGAUUUUUGAUUUAUUUUAUUUUGUAAGAAAUCAAUUCAGUUUGUUUAGGUUAAAAAGGAUUAACUGUGACCUCAGAAAUAAACACAAAAUUGGAUUUCAACAUUGAAAUGUUAAAUAUUUUAGUACAACAGUUGCAUUGACUGCAUUAGAUUAAAGAGUGUACUUGUGUUAAAAAGAGAUUAUUUCACAAUCAGUAUGAACAGGAGGAAUCGAUACAAACAACUCUUUACAUACAAAUGUGAGUAUUGUAUUAAGACAGACUUUAAAACAUGUGAAACUGUCCUUUAAGUGUGCAUGUUGAAAGAUUUUUAAAAAUCUGUUUAGUGUUUUUUAAUUUUAAGGGCCAUUUAUUUUUGUCCAUAUCAUAGUAAAAAAACAAAAAAAUAACUUGUUUUAAAUAAUGUUUUACAUGUAUGUAAAGUCUGUUGUGUCGUCCUCUGAUAAAAUAAGAUUGAUAUGUUUUAACACAAUGACUGUAAGCGGUGGGCUCAGUGUUGGCCUGCCCCAUUGAAAUGGACAAAACAAGGAGAGGCAUUGUGUGAAACGAAGUCCAGAGCUGUGAGGAGUUGUAGUUUUUUCUCAGUUUGAAACCAAAGCUUCUCUCUGAUAUUUAUAUCUUUGCCCUGCACUGUACAGAUCAACACCAGCUUUUCAGUGGCUGUUAUUUUUUAAAUAAAGUUGUCUUUUUUAUAUAUAAACA